AUGGGCAUGUGCGACCGUAUCUGCGAGAUCUCCCAACAACUCGAAGAAGAGAACCCCCAAAAAGACAAGAGGGAAGUGACUGUCGAUGAAGGAAGCAACCCUCCCUCUCUGACUUACUCACAAUCGACUGUUUCGUCAGUGGCAGAAUCACCCACCAUUCCCAACGACAAGGAGGAGAGACUCACAACCGCCCGACAAUGGCUCAUCGAGAACAAGGUACAGGAGAUGGAUUCCGAAAGAUGGCGAAGUGACUUCAAGAUUCCCAUCCCAGACUCGGAGGCCACCGCCCCCCACCGUAUGAAGAGGCUCGUGAUGGAGCUCUCCAUGCUACGUACCACGCUCCCCGACGGUAUCUUUGUUCGCCAUGACGACACGCGGUUGGACGCCAUGAAGGUCCUCAUCGUCGGACCGGAAGGUACGCCGUAUGAGAAUGGGCUCUUUGAGUUUGAUUUGUUCUGCCCUCUCGAUUAUCCGGAGAGGCCACCCAAGAUGGCCUUCAGAACAACGUACAGCCGUCGAAAGUUCAACCCGAACCUGUACCCAGAUGGCCAAGUCUGCUUCUCCCUCCUCGGCACCUGGACAGGCAGCGCCACCGAGAACUGGGACCCCAAAAAGUCCACACUUCUCCAGCUCCUCGUCUCUAUCCAAGCCAUGAUCUUCAGCCCGGACCCGGUCUGGAACGAACCCAACCAGACCUUCUCCCCGGCAGCCUCGCUGGUUUACAAGACGGAGAUGCGCGCCGACACCCUCAUCUACGCCAUGAGCCACUGGCUCCAUCUGCGCAAGAACGCAAACCCGGCCGCCGAGUAUAACCUGUGGUUCGAGCUCGUGGCCCGCCACUUUGAGGUGAAUUGGCGACGGAUCCUCGAGACGGCUGAGAUCUGGGCCGCCGAGGACCCGGGAAGCCAGCGCAAGGCCGAGAAUGAGGUGGGCAUGAUCAUGAGGGAGAGACGCUCCAAAGAGAGGUUUCCCUGCGGGAUCCGGACGCUAAAGGGGCACUUUGCCGAGUGGGCUACUUCCGAGGAGGAGUUGGCUCUCGUGAGGCUUGGUCCCGAGGAGGAUGGGCCGAUCUAUACGCCCGUAGGAAUGCCCUUGGGAAAUAGGCUUGAUCUAGACUUUGACAUGUCCCCGCCCAUGUCCGGCGAUGACGGCGAGGACGAGUCUGAUGGAGAGUUUGAUGUACCACCAGCGAAUAGCCCGCCCAAUGUACCGCCGCCGGCGGCAUCUCACCCUCAACCGGUAUUUCACCCGUUCCUACCUUACAUUCCAUAA